AUGCCUCUUCUGAACGUGACUGAAGACAGCGUCUCCAGCGCUUCCCCAACCCCGGAUUCAUCUCCGUCUCUGUCCUCGUUUCUCCCGCAGACGAACUGCUCGGUGUCUCCGUCUCCCUCGUCUCCGCCGUAUAACUUCUACGCCGUGUUGCUGGUGUUGCUGAUUUUUUGCGUGGUGUUUGGUAAUGUGUUGGUGUGUGUGGCUGUGUCCCGAGAGAAAGCGCUGCAGACCACCACCAAUUACCUCAUCGUGUCUCUGGCCGUGUCCGACCUGCUCCUGGCCACGCUGGUGAUGCCCUGGGGCGUCUAUCUGGAGGUUGUGGGAGAAUGGAGGUUCAGUCGGAUCCACUGUGAUAUUCUGCUCACGCUGGACGUCAUGAUGUGCACCGCCAGCAUCCUCAACCUGUGUGCCAUCAGCAUCGACAGGUACACAGCCGUGGCCAUGCCGUUACUCUACAACACACGCUACAGCUCCAGAAGACGCGUGGCUCUGAUGAUCGCUGUCGUCUGGUUCCUGUCCUUCGCCAUCUCCUGCCCGCUGCUGUUUGGACUCAACAACACAGCCAGUCAGGAAGGGAGAGACUGCAGUUUUGCCGACCCUGCUUUCGUGGUUUACUCGUCUGUUGCUUCCUUUUACGUGCCCUUCAUUGUGACCCUGCUGGUGUAUGUGCAGAUCUGCGUGGUGCUGCGCAGACGGGGCAGACGCACCGCACCUUCACGCAGACAUGGCCUCCAUCCAGAGCCCAGAGAUGCACAGAGAUCCCGCAAGAAUAAAUGCACUCAUCCUGAAGAUGUGAAGUUGUGCACUUUAAUAGUGAAGCCUCCUCCAGCUGCUCCACAACGCAAGAAAGUGACGCUGGUGAAGGAGGCUGUGGUUCAUCCUCUGGACGUGGAGCCCGUGUGUUUUCUGAAUCCGGACAGAGAUCAGCAGCAGCAGUCUGUGUCGGUGGCUCCCAGUCCAGCGCUUUCGGGCCCCGGCCCUCGCAGGGCCACGGCGCAGGAGAACACACACACACGCCACGGAUGGAGGGACAGAAACACAGACCGAGAGAAAGGAGCGGCGGCGAAGGAGAGAGCGAGAGGAAGACUGUCGCAGCAGAAGGAGAGGAAGGCCACGCAGAUGCUGGCCAUCGUUUUAGUUAAAAAUCUCAACCCCGUCAUCUACACCACCUUCAACAUCGAGUUCCGCAAGGCCUUCAUUAAAAUCCUGCACUGCUGA